CCACUGUUGAGUAUUAAGUUGGCGAUGCUGUUCCGAUGACAAUUAACCUCAAASUGUGACAAGAGAAAAUUUGAUGGCUUUUCCGCAACCGAACGCUCAGAGAGAACUUGCAAAUCGCAAAAUUUUGGAAGAUUUGCAACUCAAGAAGCAACUCCUGCUCAAGCAAGGGGUCGCUUCGACUUUAAACUCGUCGUCGUUGCCAGUCUUGGGGUCGCCGAAUAUUCAGCAAACUGAUGGUUAUUCAAUGAGUUCGUUGCAACGCGCCGCCCUCCAAACCGCCAACUCUCAAUCGACGGGUUAUUUCAUCUCGCAAGACUCCUCCUUUGGUAACUUUAUUCUACCAGUGCUUCCGCGUUUUGAAAAUAGUAAAUAA